CUGGCUGCUUCUGAGCUCACCCCAUCCUCCGAGAGGGAGGAGGCCAAGUGGUGAUGCCGCUGCUCCUGUCGCCUCGACUGCUGAUGCUCUAGUGAGGCUGGAAGGGUGGUUCCUCUUCGCCCCGUCGCCAACCAGAGAGCGAGGGAAAAAAAUCCCACCGGCAGCUGCUGAUGUUGGGUUCGGAGGCUGCAUCCGACUCGGUCACAAGGAAAAUGGAUUCAGUUUGCAUCUCUCCCUCCUUUCAACAGCUUCUCCGGGUCUCAGCAUGGGCUUCCAGGGCAGCGGCUGAGGAGACCUUACCAAGGAGCACCACGCAGUAGAUGCUGAAACAUCGCCCCCAGGAGAAGAAGCAGUAACAUGGCAGCACCUGUUUGAAAGGAAUUAAAAAGCAGCAGACUCCCUUUAGAAAGGAACAAUGUCCAAGAAAGGGCGAAAUAAGGGCGAGAAGCCCGAAGCGCUCAUCGUCGCCCUUCAAGCUGCCAAUGAAGACCUCAGAACCAAGCUCACCGACAUCCAGAUAGAGCUGCAUCAGGAGAAGUCCAAGGUGUCUAAGCUUGAACGAGAGAAGACUCAAGAAGCAAAGAGGAUCCGUGAGCUGGAGCAGCGCAAGCACACGGUCCUGGUGACGGAACUCAAAGCCAAGCUCCACGAGGAGAAGAUGAAGGAGCUGCAGGCCGUGCGGGAGAAUCUCAUCAAGCAGCACGAGCAAGAAAUGUCAAGGACAGUGAAGCUGCGGGAUGGGGAGAUCCAGAGGCUCAAGUCGGCCCUGUGUGCUCUCCGGGACGGCAGCAGCGACAAAGUACGGACAGCGCUCACCAUCGAGGCCCGGGAGGAGGCCCGGAAACUGUUUGACGCGGAGCGCCUUAAGCUCCUACAGGAAAUUGCGGACCUGAAAACUGCCAAGAAGCAGGUGGACGAGGCUCUCAGCAAUAUGAUCCAAGCGGAUAAAAUAAAGGCUGGGGACCUAAGGAGCGAGCAUCAGUCCCACCAGGAAGCCAUCUCGAAGAUCAAGUGGGAGUCAGAGCGGGAUAUUCGGAGGCUGAUGGAUGAGAUUAAAGCCAAGGACAGGAUCAUCUUUUCCCUGGAAAAGGAACUGGAGACCCAAACCGGCUAUGUACAGAAACUGCAGCUGCAGAAGGAGGCUUUGGAUGAACAGCUCUUUCUGGUCAAGGAGGCCGAGUGCAACAUGAACAGUCCAAAACGAGAGAUUCCGGGAAGAGCAGGAGACGGCUCUGAGCACUGCGGCAGUCCUGAUUUGAGAAGAAAUCAAAAGAGAAUAGCUGAAUUGAAUGCCACCAUAAGAAAAUUAGAAGACAGGAAUACCUUGCUUGGAGAUGAACGAAAUGAACUGUUAAAACGUGUGCGAGAAACCGAAAAGCAAUGUAAACCCCUUCUGGAAAGGAACAAGUGCCUCGCCAAGAGAAACGAUGAACUGAUGGUGUCUUUGCAGCGCAUGGAAGAGAAGCUAAAAGCUGUGACAAAGGAAAAUUCAGAAAUGAGAGAAAAAAUAACAUCCCAUCCACCCUUGAAGAAAUUAAAAUCACUGAAUGACCUCGAUCAAGCUAAUGAAGAACAAGAGACAGAGUUUUUAAAACUUCAAGUCAUUGAGCAGCAGAACAUCAUUGAUGAGCUCACAAGGGACCGAGAAAAGCUCAUCCGUAGGAGAAAACAUAGAAGAAGUUCCAAGCCAAUUAAGAGGCCUGUUUUGGACCCAUUUAUUGGCUACGAUGAGGACUCCAUGGAUUCAGAGACGUCAUCUAUGGCAUCAUUUAGAACAGACCGAACACCAGCUACUCCUGAUGACGACUUGGAUGAAAGUUUAGCGGCUGAAGAAUCAGAGCUACGCUUUCGACAAUUAACAAAAGAAUACCAGGCCCUUCAGAGAGCAUAUGCCCUCCUACAGGAGCAGACUGGAGGUAUCAUCGAUGCUGAAAGAGAAGCCAAGGCUCAGGAACAGCUUCAAGCAGAGGUGCUAAGGUAUAAAGCCAAAAUUGAAGAUCUGGAAGCGACUCUGGCUCAAAAAGGGCAGGAUUCACACUGGGUAGAAGAUAAACAACUUUUCAUUAAGAGAAACCAGGAGCUUUUAGAAAAGAUAGAAAAACAGGAGGCAGAAAAUCACCGGUUGCAACAAGAACUACAGGAUGCCCGAGACCAGAAUGAGCUGCUGGAGUUUCGAAACCUAGAGCUAGAAGAAAGAGAGAGACGAUCCCCUCCAUUUAAUCUACAAAUUCACCCAUUCUCAGAUGGUGUGAGUGCUCUACAGAUCUACUGUAUGAAAGAAGGUGUCAAGGAUGUGAACAUCCCUGAUCUCAUAAAGCAGCUUGAUAUCUUGGGUGAUAAUGGGAACUUAAGAAAUGAAGAACAAGUGGCCAUAAUUCAGGCCAGCACUGUGCUGUCCCUGGCAGAAAAGUGGAUCCAGCAAAUCGAAGGAGCGGAGGCUGCCCUGCACCAGAAAAUGAUGGAAUUGGAAAGUGACAUGGAACAAUUCUGCAAAAUAAAAGGCUAUUUGGAGGAAGAACUAGAUUACAGAAAACAAGCUCUCGACCAAGCAUAUAUGAGAAUCCAGGAACUAGAAGCUACUUUGUACAAUGCUCUGCAGCAAGAAACCGUUAUCAAGUUUGGUGAAUUAUUAAGUGAAAAACAGCAAGAAGAGCUGAGAACAGCGGUAGAAAAGUUACGGCGGCAGAUGCUGAGGAAGAGCAGAGAGUAUGACUGUCAGAUUCUUCAGGAGCGAAUGGAGCUCUUACAGCAAGCCCAUCAGAGAAUUCGUGACUUAGAAGAUAAAACAGACAUCCAGAAAAGACAGAUAAAGGACUUAGAAGAAAAGUUUCUGUUUCUAUUCUUGUUCUUCUCUCUUGCCUUUAUUCUAUGGCCUUGAUGUCAAGGUGCCUCUUCAGGAACAGAGACAUCUACAGUGUGGAUGGGAAGAAAAGCAGUCUCCCGUUGGUCUUUCUGCAAAAGGUGAAGCUUGUGGAAUGCAUUCCACAGAUGACAGAGGAUCACAGUGAGCCCUAACUAAACUGGCAACGAGGCGAGGCAAAGGACCUCGGCAAAUGUAACAUAAGAAAUAAAAGCAGAUUUGAUGCUUCCCUGGCCUUCUGUCACAUCUGUGUUCCUCCACGAACAGACUGAUCUCAUUGCUAUCGAAAAUUAAGAAGACGAUGCUCUAAAUCACAAGCUCCCUGACGUAGUUCUUUUUCGAAUGCCAACGUCUAUAGGGAACACAGGCCAGAGAGCAUCUUUGAAUCCAUUUCUAAAAGACCGGUUUUCAAAUGGCUGCUUAAAAUGCCUGCAAAUAAAUAUGUUAUACGAUUUGAGUAAAAACACACAAUAGAGGCGAUAAGUAAACUUCUACCAACAGUUGAGUUUGCCACAGAGAUGUGAAUAUUAAAUAAAAUGAUGAUUAUUUUUUAAAGUAUCCUGAUAUGCCUAGAGCAUUCUGACCUCUUGUCAUUUAGACUGAUAACAUUUUUUCCCCCAGAGAGCUGACCACAGCAAGACAGCUCUACUUUUUUUAUACAGAAGCAACAUAUGUUAUGAUAAGGUCAUUUUCUACCAGAGGCAAUUAGAAGACUGGUACUUUUCCUAAGUUAUGUAAUACUUAGUCUUGGAUUCAGCUCUGAGAGCCAAUAAAUGUUCCUGAAACCUAAUUUUACACCUCAUUGACUGUAGAUAACAAAACAGCCUCAAUUUUUCAAAUUGUCAAGGUUUUAUUUACAGGGCUAGAUCUCCCAUGCCUAAAGAAUGUGUGUAGGGAACCAGAAACUCUUUCUAUGAAAUGCUACACAAAUCCUUCCAGACAUGAGUUCAGUAUCUUAUUCUUUGGUUUUAGCACUGGCAUUUUCAGAGCCAGAACAAUAACUGAAGAAUAGGCAAGAAAGGCUAGAAUGCUGGGGUUCCACUUUUUGUCCUCAUAUUUACUGCUGAUCCAGGUAUCUUUGGCCCAGUCACUUAACCUCUCUGUGCCUCAGUUUCCUCAUCUGCAAAAUGAGGUUAAAUGCUUUUUCAUAAAGUUGUUUUUUUUUUUUUUUUGCAAUUCUCAAACAAGAGGUGCUUAAAGUAGCACAAAGUGCUUUGUAAAAUUAUGACUGCUGUAUUAUCUGACUUUCUUAUAUUGUUGAGAAAGAGUCCCCUGUGUCAUAAAAUAGUGCUUCCAUCUGGUUAAAUCUAAGCACUGCAGCACUGAAGCUUUCCCAUCAAACUACCUGGGAUAUUGCUAGCAAUAAAGGUUGAGAGAUCCAGAGCCAGGAUCUCUGAUAACCUAUAGUAAAUAGAUCAUCUCAUGCUUUUGAACAAGAUAGAAGAAUAUCAUCUCACUGAUAAGCAUCUCCUAGCUCUCUCUAUUGCAUAUGCAUGCCAUGAUACCAAACUCCACUUUUAUCUUAGGAGAGCCAACUAUGAAAUUAAGGCUUGGAGUAAACUGAUAGUUAUCACAUAAUUAGUCUGAUUAUCCCUUUAAUUUGGGGAGAUGUACAGUAAUAUAUCCUACUGGGAAUAUAUAAAAUAUCCUUCUGCUGGAUUCUGUAUUCAACUAGGUAGUUUCUACACUAAAUAUGAACAGCACAUUCAUUGUGCAGACAAUGUAAAAGAAGGUGCCACUACCGUCUGUGACCCAGCCCUUUCAAGUCUCAGAAUAUGUGGAGGAGGAUAAAGUAUUCUUCCCUGUCUUUGACUUCUGUCUUCCGUUGCUCUUUCUUGGCCAUUCCAGGGUCCAUCUGAGCAAAUUCAUACUCCAUCUGCUAUAUCAUACCUACUUUCCUUCUCUUCAUCGUGCUUUUUCCACCAAGAAACUUUAUAUUAAAUUUUAUAUCUAAACACUGACUUUGGUUUAAAUGAUCAGAAACAUUUGUAAACUAGUGUGGCUUGAUCAUGUACCUUAUCUGUUAUAAAUCUGAUUGUGUCACACAGAAAAUCAUACAAGAGCAAUACAGGUAGGAUGACCAUCUAAGCAGCUUUUGAUGUUUUUAGGGUGAAUGCAGAAGGAGAGAUUCUUUGUUUAACAUUCAAGAGAUGAGCAAAGUUCUCUAGAUUUUAGGCUAAAUGGUGAUAUUUUACCAAGUCUUACUUCUGAUCCUCAUAAUUAACAUAUCUUUGAAUGAGGCUGAAUAUUUUGGUAGGUACAUCUCUCUGUUACUCAACAAUUACAAAAAAAAUUAACAAAAUUGUAAAUGUGUGUUUCACUCAUGGAUCCACAGAAAUGAGUUAUAUUUAAAUGAAUGCUUCCCUUGCAGAUAAUGUUUAGCAACAGUAAAGAGUGUCUCAUUAGUAAUGAAGAGGCUUACUGUGGCUGAACUUCUUACAGAGAGUACAUAAUCCCCACUUUGAUCUUUAAUUUCUGCAUCUUGACUCUCCUGACACAUUUGGCCAACGAGUUAGUAACAGAACAGCAUUCUUCAGGGCUCAUUUGCCUAAUCUUUCUUAGCAAAGUAUUCAUCUCUUGGAAAAUUAAACAUAACUUAUAAUAUUAAAAAAUAGUUUGCCCUAAAAUGAAAGUCCCACUCUGGCACAGUUAUCCAUGGCAGGAACAUUUUCAUGAGGAAGGAAAAACAAAAUCAAAAAUUAUUUGGCUAUACUAUCAAGCAUCUAUUACUAAUUUGACUGUCUAACCUUUUUUUUUGGUCACCCACAUUUUAUUUUAGGAAACACUAGAAUGUGCUGAAAAUAAGUAUCAGAUACCUUUUAACCUAUGUCAUAUAAAUGAAAUCAUUGCCAAUAGGGAGGUUGUAGAGGUGGAAGAAUAAAUUUUGCUUUGAUCUUUCUGCCAUUCACAAAUAAGCGUUCACAUAGGUUGCCUGGUUCUUCAGGAGGAUAGAAAUGAUGUAGAGGGCUCAUCAGUCAUCGCUGGAGUAGAAAGGGGACAUUCAUUCUCUGGUAAUAUAGAAGAUACAAUUUUGCCAAAUAAUUUUUGCUACAGUAUUUUUUGCAACUAAUUUUUGUUUAAAUCUUUGAUAAACUUGUUCCUUUUUGCGUAUUUAUUGUCGCCUUUUUCUGUAAACCCACUGUGUGAUUCACAUGUUCAAUGUCUUCAAUGUAAUUUGAAAGUUCAUUGUUUCAAAAUGAAGUGUUUUUUAAAAACUGCCUAGGUUUUCAUGGGAGCUGUAAAAAUAAUAUUUAUAAUUUGUGUUGAUGUUUGAAUAAUUGGAUCAUGUGUGUUAUGUUACAUCGAAAUAGAUGGACAGCAUAGCCAUUUUAUUUUCUAAAUAUUGCAUUUUUUUGAUCUGUCAAAGAGUGGCACUAUAUAUGUACAUAUAUACACAUAUAUACAGUAUACGUAUGGUGUAUGUAUACAAUGCAUUAUCUACUAUAUUGAAAAAGCUCAAUAUAACAUCUGAGAGAUCAGUAAUCAAAGCAAACCUUAGACGAUUAUUUAUGUCAUGAGUUCAUGCUUUCAGGAUGGGCCCGAGCCUUUCCUUAAGUGGACUUCUCCUUUCUAAAUGGAAAAACAGUAGGUCACAAGGUCUUAAAGGACAAAAGCUUCCAUUCUGUUCAACCGCCUUGUCACUUCUAUAUAAUAUAUUACCUUGAGACUGAAUUUCAGGUGUAUUGGCAAGAGGAUUCAGACAUAACAGAAGGGUGGAGUUGAUCCUGUGGUUUCAUUUUAGUACUGGGCCGGGCAGAUUCACAUUCCUUUGUUGCCUUUAAUUUGGUAGUUCAGUUCUUCCUAAAGAAACCUCUUGUUGAAGGUCCAAGUCCAAUGUUUAAUCAAGUUACUAAAGAUCUACUUCAAGGAGCAAUGUGACAAAAAUAGAAGGAUUAUAAUUUGCUAUAUUCAACCUAAUGUAUCAUACUCAGAGAUGCAGGUGACCGACUGGGUGAAGUUCCCUGAUUUUGUAUUUGUGUUCUCUCAUUGAGAUCUUUGCAUCCGUGCUUGUAUUUCCAUCCUUGUUAUGUCAAAGUUCUGUAGGAUGGAGGUGGUGUAGCUAAAGAAGUUUGUGUCCAACUUUGCCUACAAUCAAGAUUCUACAAACUUGCUAAAGUGUGGGUGAUGCAAUUUCCCAAAAGCACAUCUUCAGCAUACAGUAGUAACAGCAAUCACUUACCUUUGAUUGACAUCUCACAAAAUGUGCCUAUUUUCCCCCAUUAACUAUAGUAACUUCUUACAAUGAGACAGAUCAAAAUCCAAACACUUUUAUAAAUAUGUACAUAUAUGCGCAUAUAUAUUCUGUACAUAGUAUGAUGAUGUGAGCACUUACUAGAUGUGUACUUCUGUCCUAGGACUGAGGACUUCAGGAAGGGGUUUUUCUGAUGCUGCUAGGUAACUCAUAUUUGGGGUUAGCAUCUGGUGUCUGUGCUCUCCCCCUUCCCUGCCUCUUCUCCUUCCUCCCCUACCUUCAGUUCACUACCACGAUUCCCUGUUGUUGACUGAGGCAAAGAACACUGAUUGGUUUUCCAAUUACUCAGGCCGGGAACCAGCCUUGUAGUGAUGCCACUGGUUUUCUAGAAAGAGCAACAGAAAGUCCAGUAUGAUCUACAGCAUUAAUAUUAUCCCACAGUCCCAUUAUUUUUUCAGCUAAAAAUCUCGUUCCAAGAAGGGUUUAUGCGUGUUUUAACCUUCAAGAUACAAUUCUUUGGGGACUCAAGUAGAGAGCCAGUGUAUUUGAAUACAUGAUUCCCCAGAUGCCUACUGUACUAAUGUGGCCAGGGGACUAAUUUCUCAGAGCUUUCAUCCAAUCAACUGCCUCAUUUGGGGUUCUUUAUCUCAUCUCAUUAGCAUGACUCCAUAUAUUGGUUCAGUGCUUGUUUAUUAAUGCGAGAGAAAUACAAAUUGACUGAGUUUCACCAGGAUGAUCCCUCUGAAGUACACUGAACAUGUACAUGUAAUGUAUGUAUUACCGUAGAGAUGGGAAUCAAUUUAUUGUAUGUAAAGUUUUAUGAAUGGUUAUUUUAUAAUUUAUGUAUUUAAUAUAGGAAUCAAUGAGCUCUGGUGUUUUAGUUUAUAUAAAAAUAAAACAAGCUGCAUUUUUUAAAACUUUA